AUGGACCCGGAUUGUGCCGUAUGCCACGCCCCUGCCUCUAUGGCCUGCAAUUGCGAAGCUCGUAGCCUCGAGGUGGCCGUCGAGCAAGCAGAAACCAAGAUGAUGCAGUCUGUCUAUGACGAUGUCAGGAAUUGGGUCCGUCUGCAUGCCCAAGACUAUAUCCUCGAAUAUUUCAAGCUCUUGACCGAACGCCGGAAAGCAGCGCAUGCUGAGCACCUCGACAACCUCACCUCACACGCCUACUAUCACUACCGUGCACCUCCGCAUCCCAACGAGAUUGCCAGUGCACAGGCAACUCUCAAGCGUGGCAUCGACGAGGACUGGAGAGCUAGCGUGCAACGAUAUCCCGAAGUGCUCGAGUACUUCUAUAGCCUUGUCACCUUGUCCCUCCCGCCUGACUCGGAUCCAUCCGUCAAGGAUCCACCGCUCAGUGCACUCAACGGUUCCCGUAAGGCACAGCGACGAUCAACGCAAGCCCUUGCUGAGGUGCCUUACGACCGUGCUCAAGCGGGUGCGCUCGCACGAAGAACUCCUCCCCCCCCAGCCAGCCGGCGGGAUCGCGGCCGAGACAGGUUGACACCAGGACCCGUGAUGGCUCAUCCGCACAUGGCUGCUCCAGACCGUCGAGCACGGACUGCCUUCAGGGGCGAAAGGCACGCGCCCCCACCGCCACCAGCAGCCUACUACCAUCCUCACUACUGA